AUGGUUGUUGCGAUUGUAACCGGCGCUUCGAGAGGACUCGGUAGGGCCAUUGCCCUUCAGCUAGCGGAUGAUGGGAUGAAUCUUGCAGUCAACGAUAUCCCAGCGCAACUUCCAGAUUUGGAGUCACUAAAGGAAGAAAUUGAGAAAAAAGGACGACGUGCCAUUUGUGUUACAGGUGAUGUCAGCAAGGAAGACCACGUUCAGAGCAUGAUCAAGCAAACCGUUGACAGUUUUGGCGAGCUGAAUGUGAUGGUUGCUAAUGCUGGCAUAAUCGUGCCCAAACGACUGUUUGAUCUUACUCUAGCUGAGUGGGAAAGGGUUCAAGCGGUCAAUGCUACGGGCGCAUUUCUCUGUUAUCGCGAAGCGGGCCGUCAAAUGGUGGCUCAGGGGAAGGGAGGAAAGAUCAUAGGUGCCUGCUCCAUUGCCGGCUAUCGUCCGUCCGGCAAUGCCCUGGCAUACUCGGCGAGUAAAUGGACUGUCAGAGGACUGACCCAGGGAGUUGCUCUUGACCUCGCUCAGUACAAUAUCAAUGUUAACGCAUAUUGUCCCGGACCAGUCGGUACUGCGAUGUGGGAAGAGAUCGAUGAAAGCGUUGCAAAGAGAGAUGGCCUAGCCAAGGGAGAGGCAUUUGAGAAGUCCAUCCAGGCUCGGUCUGCCCUCAAACGCGCCUCGACACCGGAAGACAUCGCAAACCUUGUCUCGUUCCUAGCCAGUCCAAAGUCUAGAAAUAUUACCGGUCAAUCCAUGAUCUGUGAUGGUGGCAUCACAUUUUCUUAG